GACUAGACCAGCCGCUACGGUCACCAUGAAUGUGACAAGUUUGUUCUCCUUCACGAGCCCAGCUGUGAAGAGACUUCUAGGGUGGAAACAGGGCGAUGAGGAGGAGAAAUGGGCUGAGAAAGCUGUUGAUGCUUUGGUGAAAAAACUGAAGAAAAAGAAAGGUGCCAUGGAGGAGCUGGAGAAGGCCUUAAGCUGCCCGGGGCAGCCGAGUAACUGUGUCACCAUUCCCCGUUCUCUGGAUGGCAGACUGCAGGUCUCCCACCGGAAGGGACUGCCCCAUGUCAUCUACUGCCGCGUGUGGCGCUGGCCCGACCUGCAGAGCCACCAUGAACUGAAACCACUGGAAUGCUGCGAGUUUCCUUUUGGUUCCAAGCAAAAGGAGGUCUGCAUCAACCCCUACCACUACAAGCGAGUGGAGAGCCCCGUUCUUCCUCCGGUGCUGGUUCCACGACACAGCGAAUAUAACCCUCAGCACAGCCUCUUAGCUCAGUUCCGCAACCUGGGACAGAAUGAGCCUCACAUGCCACACAACGCCACUUUUCCAGACUCGUUCCAGCAGCCCAGCAGCCACCCGUUUCCUCACUCUCCCAACAGCAGUUACCCCAACUCGCCAGGCGGCAGCAGCAGCACCUACCCUCACUCUCCCACCAGCUCAGACCCAGGAAGCCCCUUCCAGAUGCCAGCCGAUACGCCCCCACCUGCUUACCUGCCUCCUGAAGACGCCAUGACCCAGGAUGGCUCCCAACCAAUGGACACAAACAUGAUGGCACCUUCACUGCCCGCGGACAUCAACAGAGGAGAUGUUCAGGUAGUUGCCUAUGAGGAACCAAAACACUGGUGCUCUAUUGUCUACUAUGAGCUCAACAACCGUGUGGGCGAGGCAUUCCAUGCCUCCUCCACGAGUGUGUUGGUGGAUGGUUUCACCGAUCCUUCCAACAAUAAGAACCGUUUCUGCCUUGGGCUGCUCUCCAAUGUUAACCGGAAUUCCACUAUUGAAAACACCAGGCGGCAUAUUGGAAAAGGAGUUCAUCUUUAUUACGUUGGAGGGGAGGUGUACGCGGAAUGCCUCAGUGACAGUAGCAUCUUUGUGCAAAGCCGGAACUGCAACUAUCAUCAUGGAUUUCACCCCACUACAGUGUGCAAGAUUCCUAGUGGGUGUAGCUUGAAAAUUUUUAACAACCAAGAGUUUGCUCAGCUCUUGGCCCAGUCGGUGAACCAUGGUUUUGAGACCGUCUAUGAGCUUACAAAGAUGUGUACCAUACGCAUGAGCUUCGUAAAGGGCUGGGGAGCAGAGUACCACCGCCAGGAUGUUACCAGCACCCCCUGCUGGAUCGAGAUCCACCUGCACGGCCCCCUCCAGUGGCUGGAUAAAGUCCUGACUCAGAUGGGCUCGCCUCACAACCCCAUCUCAUCUGUGUCUUAAACAGCCUCGGGCUUCUGCCCCUUGAUGAACGCUAUUGAGCCUUGCAUGUACUUGAAGGAUGGAGGAGUCAGACACAACUGGGAACUGACAAAGGAGCCUUGAUCGUACUUGACCUCUGUGACCAACUGUUGGGUUCAGAAAUCGAAAAUCCUUGGUAACAUACUGUUGAUGUGGAGAACCUGUUUUGUUUACAUUGAACCAUUCUGUUGUAAAAUCAACUAAAAUGCAGAUUCUUACCAGAAUUUGUUAUAUAGCUUAAGGAGAGAUGGCCAAGCCAGGGACAGAUUACCUACUAAAAGAAUGGGCCUGAGAGAUUGUUUUGUGUUUGGCACUUUAAGGUCAUCGUUUGGCAGAAAUUUAGCAUUAAUAGUUAGUCAUUCUGAAGUGUGUUUUUUAUCAGGUUUUAGAGCCCAUGUUUGAGUUUCGUUCCAUGGGUUUUCAUGAUAUUUUAAAGCUAUUUGUUUAAUAAUGAUUUUUGUUCAUUUUUUUGAGUAAAGGUUAAUCUUGAUGAUAUACAUAGUUAUCUUCGUAAAGUCGUAUGCUGACCAUACUGCUGUCAGAAUAAUGUUAGGCGUAUGCUCUCUGCUAAAUAUGUAUGUACAGAACAUUUGGAAGCUAAGAAUUGAUUAGACUAGUGAACUUAGGAGCCUUUGUGGGACUGGGGCUGGGGGGAAGGGACAGGACAGCUGCAAUUGUGGACUGUCCUCCUGGAAACAUUCAGGUUGUUGCUUUGAAGAAACAAACUGACGUCUGAGUUUUGCUGUGUUUCUGUUUUUAGAGAUUUUAUCCAAUUCUUUUUUUUUCUCAACAUUCUUCUGUCCUCCAAAAAAGCAGUUAUGCAGCUGGUUAAUUCCUGUAACUGUGAGAGCAAUUGGUAAUUCCUGCCAUUCAGAAAUCAACUGCCUAUGUGUUUCAAUACCAAUUGUAUGGAGUGUUUCAAUUUAAUAAGCAGUUUUUAUGGAGUUUACAGUACAGAAAUAGACUUUAAUUUCCAAAUGAAUUGUUUGCCAAACCUAGUAACUCUGUUGAAUAUUUGGAAGAGUUUAAAAAACAUCCCUUUCAAACUCUUAAUUUUUUGUACUAUGUUUGGUUAUAUUUUUCUUCUGUUUAUCUUUUAUACUCACUUAUGCUCUCGUACAUUGAAUACUUUUAUUCCAAAACUAGUGGGUUUUAUCUACUGGAAAUUUUAAAUAAACCUGUCAUUAUUG